UAGCGGGUCGUGGCAGCCAGCUAGCCGUUAGCUAAUUGUAGCUAGCUAGAUGCUGUAUUAUAGUAGGCCUGGAAAUAAUCAUUAUUUGCUGAAAGACAUUGAAUAUGGAAGGAUCGUGUAACAUUGGCACGUUGCACCGAGUAUAUAUUGCAACGGACAUAAUUUUUUAGAGGAUAACCUUAGCUACAUGAAAUGUCAUAAACUAGCCGCGGAGGUGGAGGGACCCACAACCCCCUGAACAGCUGCUCUGAUGGAGAAAUGUCCUCCUCCAAGACGAUAGCAAGUGUAAUACUGCACAAGGUUUAGCAGAAUUAUUUUAGUCUGCUAUCUUGUCUCUAUAUCUAGUCUGUCAAGCAAAUAGGAGACUGGUCAUUCGGGGAUAGCUAUCUCAUCAUUGACUAAGUAGCUAGCUAACUGCUGCCAGUGCUGGUGAAGAAAUCACUGCUGUUUUGGCAUCUGCAAACAACAAGACUGGCUGUGUCAGACAAACCUUCGGCCUUGUCCAGAAAUAUAAGGUUAAUUUGCGAAACUGACACAACUGGAAACAAGGACAUUUGAGCAGUCUGUAUCGUUUUGAUUGAAGUGAGGAUAAUUUUUCCUGAUCAUCGAGAUCUAACUGAUAACUAUCAUGAGGAAGUUCUUUGAUUCAUCUCGUCGGGAGUUGGUCAGUUCUGGACCUGGUUCUGGAGGGGGUAACAGUGGAUCCAGCCAUGCAGGUGGCAAUUUAAUUGGACGUUCAUGUACUAUUGGGCGGCACCAAGUCACUAUUGAAGAAACAGUGGCCGAAGGUGAGAUGUAGGAAUUGAUGCUUGUCUUUUGGAAACAAUGUUUUGAUGUCCAUGUUGACUGAGAACAUGUCAUGUGACAUUUCAGUCAGACAGCAAACUGCAACAAUGUUUCAGUAUGGAUCAGUCAUUACCAGUCAGGUAGCUGCUGCACUAACUAUGGAAUUAUGGAAUUCAGUUAUGCUCAAGCGAGAGGCAGGCAUAGGUUUCAGAGUGAUAUGGCUACAGUAUGCCAUUGGUAGAGACAUACUGUUGUGUCAACUUUCCACAUUAUGUAAUCCUAUUCCUGACACUCCUACAGUGGCUUGCGAAAGUAUUCAACCCCUUGGCAUUUUGUUGCCUGACAACCUGGAAUUAAAAUAUACAGUUUCCCAGUCCCUGCUGUUGAAAAACGGGAUGGUGUUCUCGGGGUGAUGAGAGGUGUUGGGUUUGCGCCAGACAUUUUCCUUGAUGGCCAAAAAGCUCAAUGUUAGUCUCAUCUGACCAGAGUACCUUCUUCCAUAUGUUUGGGGAGUCUCCCACAUGCCUUUUGGCGAACACCAAACGUUUUUGCUUAUUUAUUUCUUUAAGCAAUGGCUUUUUUCUGGCCACUCUUCCUUAAAGCCCAGCUCUGUGGAGUGUACGGCUUAAAGUGGUCCUAUGGACAGAUACUCCAAUCUCCGCUGUGGAGCUUUGCAGCUCCUUCAGGGUUAUCUUUGGUCUCUUUGUUGCCUCUCUGAUUAAUGCCCUCCUUGCCUGGUCCGUGAGUUUUGGUGGGCGGCCCUCUCUUGGCAGGUUUGUUGUGGUGCCAUAUUCUUUCCAUUUUUUAGUAAUGGAUUUAAUGGUGCUCCGUGGGAUGUUCAAAGUUUCAGAUUUUUUUAUAACCCAACCCUGAUCUGUACUUCUCCACAACUUUGUCCCUGACCUGUUUGGAGAGCUCCUUGGUCUUCAUGGUGCCGCUUGCUUGGUGGUGUUGCAAACUCUGGGGCCUUUCAGAACAGGUGUAUAUAUAUUGAGAUCAUGUGACACACAGAUUGCACACAGGUGCAAUUUAACUAAUUAUGUGACUUCUGAAGGUAAUUGGUUGCACCAGAUCUUAUUUAGGGGCAUUCAUAGCAAAGGGGGUAAAUACAUAUGCACGCACCACUUUUCCGUUAUUAAUUUUUUAUAAUUUGUUUCUUCACUUCACUUCACCAAUUUGGACUAUUUUGUGUAUGUCCAUUACAUGAAAUCCAAAUAAAAAUCCAUUUAAAUUACAGGUUGUAAUGCAACAAAAUAGGAAAAACUAUUUUACUACUUUUGACACACCCAGCCCAAUGACCAUUUCACUGUAGAUGGGUAAGCCAUGGUGCCAUGCUGUUUGUAGUGUGGCUUUCAUGGCAGCAGUUUUGAGGAUCAAGUGUGUGGCUGCUGCAAGAGAUGACAAGUCAUAUCAGUCAAAUGACUGACAGCUCUAUCAUUGUUAGAACAGCAGCUUCAUUUGGUACAUUUGUUGGCUGGAAAUCCCCUUACGUAUGAGGCACUGAUUAAAUGGGCUCAGGAACCGUCUGUUUUGGGUGUUGUAUGAUUUAUUAAAAUGUGUGACCUUGGACACGAGAAGAGGCUCGCUAGGAAUGAUAGCUCAUUUUCAGGUACUGAAGAGCAGUGAGAGAGAUGUCUGGGGUGUCUAAGUAUUUUUACUCUUAAACAAAAGUCCAUUGGGAACAUUAAACCUGGUAUUUUUUUCAUUUUGACAACCUAAGACCAUGCAGAUCAAGUUGCUGAUCGUUUGAUAUCACUCAGGUAAUUGGUAGUGAAGUCCAAAGAACCUGAAGAUAAUUGUACAUUUACAUUUUAGUCAUUUAGCAGACGCUCUUAUCCAGAGCGACUUACAGUAGUGAGUGCCUACAUUUUGUUACUUGUCCCCCGCAAGCACCAUGCUACUCCAACUGAGCCACACAGGACCAUAAUGCCUUGAUGUGAGGAAGUGAUGUGACAUUAAUCCCUGACUCCCUGUGCAAAUUGUGCAGUGGUGACAAAUCACCUCUCAAAACAGUAUAUUUUUGUCAUUAAGCAUCUGUCUUGGGUUCAAUUCCAUGUAAAUUUAGUCAAUCCUUUAAAUGAAUUAAUGAAAGAAUAGAAAAAUAAAUUGGCCUAGUCUUUGAAAAUGGUAAAUGCAUAACCUAGCCUAAAUAAACACAAUCAUAUACAUAAAAAUAAAUGGCACAUGUCAAUUCUCAAAUUGACCCCGACCCCUGUUACCACAUAACACUAUCAUUUUGUAUCAUACACCUGAAUGAAAGGUAAUACACCUGUCACUCUAUAUCCCCAGGUGAGUAUGUGUGUAUGUGCGUGUUAAUGUGAGUGUGUGAGAGAGGGACAGAUGUUGCAUGCUUGAGAAAUUGCAGUGUCCAUUAUCCUGCACAGUAGAGUCAUUCAUGUGGAUUGUGUUCACUGGUAGGGUAAUGAUGUAGCCCUGACAUCUUGUAAAAUUACUAUACUUUGCACAACCUUCUUAAAGACUGCAAUUUUGCUCUAACAACCUCGGUUCAUGACGACAAUAAUGUUCCUAUCACUUUCUCACAUUCAACGCUUUUGUUGACGAGUAAGGCAAAUUGCAUCUCAUGAUUUCUGCCUAUUCUGUCCAUCAUUCUAGUCUGAAACAUGCUGAAUAGAAACAGUCUUUAAAGACUGUCUUGCAUAUUGUUGAAGUUUCCUAUCCCUGCCACAGUUUUAGCUCAGCAACUCCCAUGGCAAUAUUGUAUAGAUCUACAUAGUACACUGCAAUUUCAACACAUUGAAAUUCAACACCAUUAUGGUAUAAUAUGUAGGUUAUCAACAUUGAGUUACCGUGAAUUCCAUGCUAAGACAGUUAGGCUAGAUAUACUGUAAGCCUACAGUUGCCCUGGGGCAAUGCCAUCAUUGUGGAUGCUUCAGUUGCACUAAAAAUACUACUAGCCUACUACUACUACUACUACUGCUGCUGCUACUACUACCACUAGACUACUACUACUACUACUACUACUAGACUACUACUACUGCUGCUGCUGCUACUGCUGCUGCUACUACUACUACUACUACUACUACUACUACUAAUGCUGCUGCUACUACUACUACUAUACUACUACUACUACUGCUGCUGCUGCUACUGCUGCUGCUGCUGCUACUACUACUACUAGACUACUACUAAUACUAAUACUACUACUGCUGCUGCUGCUGCUACUGCUGCUGCUGCUACCACUACUACUACUAGCCUACUACUAGCCUACUACUUCUGAGCUACAAUCACUAAAGGCUUCUAUCUCUCUACUAUUUAUAAUGCAGUCACUACUAUACUAGCCUCAGUUUUUCAACACUAGCCUCUCACAAUUUAAAUGUAAAAACUUCUUCCACUAACAUAUAAAAAGUCAUACCAUUUUUCUUCAAGAAAAAUGACCCUUUGUAAUAUAAAUAGUUUUUAGCACAGAGUGAUGUUGCCCACAUUCCCAACCUCUUUUACAUUUUUUAUUUAACCUAUAUUUUAUCAGGGAGUCAUACUGAGACCAAGGUAUCUUUUACAGAUGAUCCCUGAAUUACGUAAAUUACAGUAAAUACACACAUCAAUAUAAAUACAAAAUGCAAGCAGAUCUUGACACCUGAAUACACUUGAAAGUGAUUUGUUCAUGACCUGAAAUAUCUCUUAUAUUCUAUUACUUCAGACUUCCAAUGGUUGCUUACCUCCAAACACUGAACUUUUAAUUUGGUCUCAUUCUCUCUCUUUCUCACAGGGGGGUUUGCCAUUGUGUUCCUGGUACGAACCAGCCAGGGGCUCCGCUGUGCCCUCAAGAGGAUGUAUGUCAACAAUGAGCACGACCUGCAGGUGUGCAAGCGAGAGAUCCAGAUUAUGGUGAGUUGCUGUGGCAUUACCCCAUGGCGUGCUUGAAAAGGGAGCUAUUCUGUCUAGUACUCUCCUUUGCUCACAUGAAAACACAUGCACGACACGCAUACAGGCAGCCCUACAAACUCUGCAGCACCUUAUUUAUCAGCAACAAUGAUUUGCAACCAAAUUUUCCUCAGGAGACAAGUUUGAAAUUCAGUGGCAUGAUAAUGUUCACUCUGUCUUUUAAUGUAAUCUGGGUGUCCAUGUACUCUCGCAGAAGGACCUGGUCGGCCAUAAGAACAUUGUUGGCUAUCUGGACUCUAGUAUCACCACUUGUGGAGGAGGAGAUGUGUGGGAAGUGCUCAUCCUCAUGGACUACUGUAAAGGUGAGUGCUUACUGAAGGAUCUGUGUUCAAUCAAGUGUGGUUGAGUCCUCAAAAGUGACUAUGAAAGGUAGAAAUAAAGGGGGACCACUGUCACUCCACUUGUAGUCCACAUGAGGGCGAGUUCUGCCUAACUAUUCUGUCUAUCUUCCAUAUAGGCCUACCCUGGUAUACGGUAUAUCGCCCAAGCCUUGUGAGCUUCCACAUCACAGCUAUAUAACACCAUGUGAAACCUCUGAGUAAAGGCCCCUAUUGUGAAGUGGUCAUUUUAGAUUAUCAAGAGACUGAUUGUCUGAGUGCAAGAUAGGUGUGACCGAGUGUACCUGUUGUCUCCAUUCCCAGUGUGUGUGUUCAAUAAUGAAACUCAGUGGUGUAUCUCUGCAGGAGGCCAGGUGGUGAACCUGAUGAACCAGCGUCUGCAGACAGGCUUCACCGAGGCAGAGGUUCUGCAGAUCUUCUGUGAUACGUGUGACGCCGUGUCUCGACUGCACCAGGGCAAGACACCCAUCAUCCACAGGGACCUUAAGGUACGGGGGAGGCCAGAUGUAGGAUCUUAAUUUGAUCACCCUGUUGCAGGAAAUGUAAAACUUAGUGGAUUUGAGGCAUAAAAAGGCAUCUAAAGUUUGUAAUUUCCACUUUGAAAUUUCAGAAUUCCCUUACGAAAAAUGUAUCAAUCAUUUAAUUAUAAUUCACAUAAAAAUUCACAUUUCCUGUUGCUGCAGGAUUAUUUUCCGCUGUAGCAAACUGGCUCAAAUUAAGAUCCUACAUCUGUAGGAACCCUCUCCUGUGUUUUCUCCCACCUCCCUUCUCUGUACUCACCCACUCUCUCUUCUCAUCUUCUUCUUGGCUUAGUCUUGCUGAUAUAUAGGCAAGCUGUUACCGGUAUUCAUAUAUGCCAUUCAGCAGACACUUUUUUUUAUUCAUUUCACAUUACAGUAUAUAUAUUUUUUUAAUAGCAGCCAUUACGUGACUCAUAUUUUAUCGUUCUCUGCCUCUGUUAGACUCUUCUUCUCCUUUGUGUCUCUGCAGGUGGAGAACAUCCUGUUACAUGAUAAGGGUCACUACGUGCUGUGUGACUUCGGAAGCGCCACCAAUAAGUUCCAGAACCCACAGACCGAAGGAGUGCCAGUAGUCGAUGAGGAAAUAAAGAAGUUUGUGAACCUACAUGCGUACCAUUUCCUGCCGUUUCAUUUAUUUUGAAUGGUGCUUUUUUACAGCCAUAGAAUACCGUUCAGAAGAACAUAAACCUUUUAAAGUCCACCUGAGCCGAGCAUAUUCGAAGUAAGCCUUGUGAUAGUCCCCUGUAGCUCAGUUGGUAGAGCAUGGCGCUUGCAACGCCAGGGUUGUGGGUUCCUUUCCCACGGGGGGCCAGUAUGAAAAUGUAUGCACUCACUAACUGUAAGUCGCUCUGGAUAAGAGUGUCUGCUAAAUGACUAAAAUGUAAAUGUAAUAAAGCUCAUGAUGUUCUUCAUCUUCCUGUUUGUGACUUUGUCCCGUUCCCUCUCAGGUACACCACUCUGUCAUAUCGUGCCCCUGAGAUGGUGAACCUCUACAAUAGCAAGAUUAUCACUACUAAAGCUGACAUAUGGGUGAGUGGACCUUGUAUUUUAGAUCUAGGCUUCAGUUAUGGUAUCAGUGCCAGCUUCUGAUUUGUAUAGGGCUUUUUUACAAUACACUUUUCAGCAAUUUGUCACAGAAUGCCCAUGAAAAUUGUAUAAAAUAUAGAUAAACUAAAUGAAAACGUAAAGCAAGUCUUUGGCCAGUGGCAAGAGGAAUCUCAGGUAGUUGUUACAGUAGCACAUUUGAAAAGCCAUAUUUGUGUGGAGAAGCCUUUUCCCAUCUGGUUUCUCGAGGCAUUUGGAUGUUUGCUCUAAAUGUUAUGUAAGUUAAUAAGUGUGUGGUGUGUGUGUGGAGGCAGGUAGCCUAGAGGUUAAGAGCAUUGGGCCAGUAACUGAAAGGUCGCUGGUUCGAAUCCCCAAGCUGACUAGGUGUUGAUGUGCCCUUGAGCAAGGCACUUAACCCUAAUAGCUAAAUGACUCAAAUGUAAAAUGUGUGUGUGUGUUCCCUCCAGGCGAUGGGCUGUUUGCUGUAUAAGCUGUGCUACUUCACUCUACCCUUCGGGGAGAGCCAGGUGGCCAUCUGUGAUGGCAGCUUCACCAUUCCUGACAAUUCCCGCUACUCCUACGACCUGCACUGCCUCAUCCGUCAGUAUUCCACCACUCACUGUAUCUGCUAGGAAAAUUAGUGUAGAUUCUACAAUACCAUUACAUAUUUUAGAAGUACACUAUAUACAGUGGGGAGAACAAGUAUUUUAUACACUGCCGAUUUUGCAGGUUUUCCUACUUACAAAGCAUGUAGAGGUCUGUCAUUUUUAUCAUAGGUACACUUCAACUGUGAGACGGAAUCUAAAACAAAAAUCCAGAAAAUCACAUUGUAUGAUUUUUAAGUAAUUAAUUUGCAUUUUAUUGCAUGACAUAAGUAUUUGAUCACCUACCAACCAGUAAGAAUUCCAGCUCUCACAGACCUGUUCGUUUUUCUCGUUACCUGUAUAAAAGACACCUGUCCACACACUCAAUCAAACAGACUCCAACCUCUCCACAAUGGCCAAGACCAGAGAGCUGUGUAAGGACAUCAGGGAUAAAAUUGUAGACCUGCACAAGGCUGGGAUUGGCUACAGGACAAUAGGCAAGCAGCUUGGUGAGAAGGCAACAACUAUUGGCGCAAUUAUUAGAAAAUGGAAGAAGUUCAAGAUGACGGUCAAUCUCCCUCGGUCUGGGGCUCCAUGCAAGUUCUCACCUCGUGGGGCAUCAAUGAUCAUGAGGAAGGUGAGGGAUCAGCCCAGAACUACUCGGCAGGACCUGGUCAAUGACCUGAAGAGAGCUGGGAUCACAGUCUCAAAGAAAACCAUUAGUAACACACUACGCUGUCAUGGAUUAAAAUCCUGCAGUGCACGCAAGGUCCCUCUGCUCAAGCCAGCGCAUGUCCAGGCCCGUCUGAAGUUUGCCAAUGACCAUCUGGAUGAUCCAGAGGAGGAAUGGGAGAAGGUCAUGUGGUCUGAUGAGACAAAAAUAGAGCUUUUUGGUCUAAACUCCACUCGCCGUGUUUGGAGGAAGAAGAAGGAUGAGUUCAACCCCAAGAACACCAUCCCAACCGUGAAGCAUGGAGGUGGAAACAUCAUUCUUUGGGGAUGCUUUUCUGCAAAGGGGACAGGACGACUGCACCGUAUUGAGGGGAGGAUGGAUGGGGCCAUGUAUCGCGAGAUCUUGGCCAACAACCUCCUUCCCUCAGUAAGAGCAUUGAAGAUGGGUCGUGGCUGGGUCUUCCAGCACACAGCCAGGGCAACUAAGGAGUGGCUCCGUAAGAAGCAUCUCAAGGUCCUGGAGUGGCCUAGCCAGUCUCCAGACCUGAACCCAAUAGAACAUCUUUGGAGGGAGCUGAAAGUCUGUAUUGCCCAGCGACAGCCCCGAAACCUGAAGGAUCUGGAGAAGGUCUGUAUGGAGGAGUGGGCCAAAAUCCCUGCUGCAGUGUGUGCAAACCUGUUCAAGACCUACAGGAAACGUAUGAUCUCUGUAAUUGCAAACAAAGGUUUCUGUACCAAAUAUUAAGUUCUGCUUUUCUGAUGUAUUAAAUACUUAUGUCAUGCAAUAAAAUGCAAAUUAAUUACUUAAAAAUCAUACAAUGUCAUUUUCUGGAUUUUUGUUUUAGAUUCCGUCUCUCACAGUUGAAGUGUACCUAUGAUAAAAAUUGAAGUGUACCUAUGACAAUGCCCCCAUGCACAAAGCGAGGUCUAUACAGAAAUGGUUUGUCGAGAUCGGUGUGGAAGAACUUGACUGGCCUGCACAGAGCCCUGACCUCAACCCCAUCGAACACCUUUGGGAUGAGUUGGAACACCGACUGCGAGCCUGGCCUAAUCGCCCAACAUCAGUGCCCGACCUCACUAAUGAUCUUGUGGCUGAAUGGAAGCAAGUCCCCGCAGCAAUGUUCCAACAUCUAGUGGAAAGCUUUCCCAGAAGAGUGGAGGCUGUUAUAGCAGCAAAGGGGGGGACCAAUUUCAUAUUAAUGCCCAUGAUUUUGGAAUGAGAUGUUCGACAAGCAGGUGUCCACAUGCUUUUGGACAUGUGGUGUAUAUAGUAUCAGUCCUGUACAACAUGUUACCUCCUCAUCUAACCAUGCUUAAGCUACAGGUUGUGGGUUAGUCAGUGUGUUGCUCUUGUCUCUUCUGGUGUGGUUUGAUUGGUCUCUCACGUUUUCUCUCACAUUUCCACCUCCUCCACCUCUCCUUCUCAUUCUGUUGGUGUUUGUCAGGGUACAUGCUGGAGCCCGACCCUGACAAAAGACCUGACAUCUACCAGGUGUCCUACUUUGCUUUUAAACAGGCUCGCCGUGAUUGCCCUGUUCAGAAUGUGAAGGUCAGUCUUUCUCUGCUCUGGGGUCAGUCUACACUGAGUGUACAAAACAUUAGGAACACCUUCCUAAUAUUGAGUUGCACCCCCUUUUGGCCUCAGAUCAGCCUCAGUUCAUUGGGGGCAUGGACUAUACAAGGUGUCGAAAGCGUUCCACAGGGAUGCUGGCCCAUGUUGACUCCAAUGCUUCCCACAGUUGUGUCAAGUUGGCUGGAUGUCCUUUGGGUGGUGGACCAUUCUUGAUACACAUGGGAAACUGUUGAGCGUGUAAAACCCAGCUGCGUUGCAGUUCUUGACACACAAACCGGUGUGCCUGGCACCUACUACUAUACCCCGUUCAAAGGCACUUAAAUAUUUUGUCUUGCCCAUUCACCCUCUGAAUGGCACACAUACACAAUCCAUGUCUCAAGGCUUAGAAAUCCUUGUUUAACCUGUCUCCUCCCAUUCAUCUACACUGAUUGAAGUGGAUUUAACAAGUGACAUCAGUAAGGGAUCAUAGCUUUCACCUUGUCAGUCUAUGUCAUGGAAAGAGCAGGUGUCCUUCAUGUUUUGUACACUCAGUGUAUGUGGGUCAGUCUAUCUCUGUGCUGGGGUGUCUCUCUCUAGUGUGUCCUGUACUGUAUGUUUCAGUCUCUCUCUGUUCUGGGAACAGUCUGUGGAUUGGUCUCUCUUGGGCUCAGGGCCAGAUCUACCAAUGUUCUAUUCAAUCCAUGCCUGAAGUUACUGAAUGUGCUUGUCAUAUGGAUCCAUUCCCUCACAAAUAUGAAUUUACAAUACUUUUGUCUCUAAUCUACCCCCAUAUAGAACUCUCCAAUUCCUGCUCAACUCCCUGAGCCAAUCAAAGCCAGCGAGGCUGCUGCAGCGAAGAAGAGCCAGAGCCAGACACAGAGUAAGGCCAGGUAAGUCUGUGGUGUUUGUCAUACAGGAGGCUGCCUGAGUAAUCUUCUGGUUGUUGUUGUUAUACACAUCAGUAUUGAAGCCUGUAUCCUACGUUUUUGUCAGUUGUGUGUUCUCUGUUCUGCUUUAACAUCAUUCAUAAGGUAAUUUCAUACCAUUGACAUGUUGAUCAACAAUUCUCACCUUUGACCCCCAGACUGACAGACCCCAUCCCCACCACUGAGACCUCCAUCACGCCCCGGCAGAGGCCCAAAGCGGGCCAUGCCCCACCCAGCGCUGGAAUCCUACCCAUCCAGCCGGCUGCCCUCACCCCUCGCAAACGGGCCAACCUCCCUGCCGGGGGGGCCCUUCCUCUAGGUAUGUACCCACCCUCACUCUGCCACUCUGUCACUCUGCCUAUGUACUGCAACUAGGCUAACAGUGGUUUUAUUUAGAGGCAUGUUACAGUGCCUUCAGAAAGUAUUCACACCCCUUGACUUUUUCCACAUUUUGUUUUUACAAAGUAGGAUUAAAAUGGAUUUAAUUGUCAUUUUUGUUAAUGAUCUACACAAAAUACUGUGUAAUGUCAAAGUGGAAGAAAAAUUCUAACAUUUGUAAAAAUGAAUGAAAAAUAAAUUAUCUUCAUCAAGUGUUCAACCCAUGUUAGAAUCACCUUUGGCAGCGAUUACAGCUGUGAGUCUUUCUGGGUAAGUCUCUAAGAGCUUUCCACACCUGGAUUGUGCAAUAUUUGCCCAUUAUUCUUUUCAAAAUUCUUCAAGCUCUGUCAAAUUGGCUAUUGAUCAUUGCUAGACAACCAUUUUCAGGUCUUGCCAUAGAUUUUCAAGCAGAUUUAAGUCAAAACUGUAACUCGGCCACUAAGGAACAUUCAUUGUGUUCUUGGUAAGCAACUCCAGUGUAGAUUUGACCUUGUGUUUUAGGUUAUUGUCCUGCUGAAAGGUGAAUUAACCUCCCAGUGUCUGGUGGAAAGCAUACUGAACCAGAUUUUCCUCUAGGAUCUUGCCUGUGCUUAGCUCCAUUCCGUUUCUUUUUUAUCCUGAAAAACUCCCCAGUCCUUAACGAUUACAAGCAUACCCAAAACUUGAUGCAGCACCACUAUGCUUGAAAAUAUGUAGUGGUACUCAGUAAUGUUGUAUUGGAUUUGCCCCAAACAUAACACUUUGUACUCCUGAACUUAUUUAGGCUUGCCAUAACAAAGGGGUUGAAUACUUAUUGACUCAAGACAUUCAGCUUUUCUUUUUUAAUUAAUUUGUAAAAACUUAAUUCCACUGACAUUAUGGGGUAUUGUGUGUAGGCCAGUGACAAAAUAAAUCGCAAAUUAAUCCAUUUUAAAUUCAGGCUGUAACACAACAAAAUGUGGAAAAAGUCAAGGGGUGUGAAUACUUUCUGAAGGCACUGUAGCUACUCAAGAGAUAAACAAAAGUGACUGAGGUAGGUUCUCUACCCUAAUGGCAGUAGCUAAGUUGGAGAAAAUGGAAGUAAAUAAAGAUGGCGGACAGUGGGUAAUAGCCAUGAUAAAUAAAUAUCUGCCUAAGUGGGCAUGUACCCAAAGAAGCUAGUUAGCUAACAUAGAGCUGGACCUGCACUGACCUAAAACAGUUGUUUCCCCCCCCCUUUUUCAGUAACUCAAAUAAAUGCCUCUUUGGGUGAAAACUGUUCAGAACAUUCUGCCAAAUUUGGUUGAAUUAUUUCACAAAUUAGAUCUUAGUUAUAUUUAGUCAAACAUUAUAGGCUCUCUUAAAAAACUAAUAGCUGGUUUGCUUAGUCUGUCUCUCAACAGUCUCAUCUAAUGAGGUCUUGCCAGAGAUGUACAGUACAAGCCAAACGUUUUGACACACCUACUCAUUUAAGGGUUUUUCUUAAUUUUUUACAAUUUUCUACAUUGUAUUAUUCUACAAUGUAGAAAAUAGUAAAAAUAGAGAAAAACCCUUGAAUGAGUAGGUGUGUCCAAACUUUUGACUGGUACUGUAUAUAGCAUGCAAUAUAUUUUCCUAGUUUCAUGGCUUGUAUAGUAACCAUAUUCUGUACUCCUUACAGGAGUGAAUUUAAACCUUGCCCAGCAAGCAGCAGCCCUCCAAUCACAGAAGGCACAGACCACGGCUCCGCCUAAGCCAGCGACCGGCCAAUCACAUAACCCUCCCAGUGAGGCCACACCCCAGCUGGGUAGAAAGCCCCAAUCUGGUGCUCAGCAGAAGCAGGUAAACUCAGGCAGCAACCUAACACCCAAACCCACAGCCAUACCACCCUGCAUCCCACUGCUGGCUUCUCUCUGAAGCUAAGCAGGGUUGGGUCUGGUCGAUCUUUGGAUAGGAGACCAGGGGCUGUUUGUAUCAUGCGUCUCAGAACAGAAUAGGAUUGCUUAUCUAGGAUCAGGUGUCCAUGGUGUAAUCUUAUUAAUUGUGAUCUAAAAGGAAAAACUGAUCCUAAAUCAGCACUCCUACUCUGAGAAUCAACCACAGAUACUGUUGGAAGAUUUCUAAUUGGCAUGAUUCAACAUCUACACUGUGAUAGCUGUAAGCUUUCUGGUGCAAAAAUAACUGCCAUCACCUGGUGGGUGCUUACAGGUUGGUGGUGGUGGAUGACGUGUCUUCUGAGCAUCUGGAAGCUUUUAAUGAAUCUAAUCAAUUACAGUACAAAACACUGAACAUUAUUUUGAAAGAUUUAAGUGGGUUAAUAUAAUUAUGGUUAAUUGCAACAACAAAAAACCUUUUCUAAAGAAAAUGUUCCUCUUUACCCUCUAAGGGGUCUGAAAAAAUGUAGCUAAUUUAUUUCAUAGGAUUUUGUCACUUAGUGACAAAGAUCCACUUAUACCAGCUGUAACUUGCCAUCUGUAAGACAAGCUCCUGCUCAGGGUUGGGUUAUUGUAACUUGCCAUCUGUAAGACAAGCUGCUGCUCAGGGUUGGGUUAUUGUAACUUGCCAUCUGUAAGACAAGCUGCUGCUCAGGGUUGGGUUAUUGUAACUUGCCAUCUGUAAGACAAGCUGCUGCUCAGGGUUGGGUUAUUGUAACUUGCCAUCUGUAAGACAAGCUGCUGCUCAGGGUUGGGUUAUUGUAACUUGCCAUCUGUAAGACGAGCUCCUGCUCAGGGUUGGGUUAUUGUAACUUGCCAUCUGUAAGACAAGCUGCUGCUCAGGGUUGGGUUAUUGUAACUUGCCAUCUGUAAGACAAGCUGCUGCUCAGGGUUGAGUUAUUGUUCAGCUGACCUUUGCGUAGACUGUCAUCAUGGAACAAGCUUAGAUAAGUAGGUUAUUGAAGUGCAGGAAACUCUUGACCAAACAGAGAAGAAGUGUGCAUUCGGGAGGAAAUUGGAUGAAAAAAAAACGUUACCAUACAAUUGCACUCCAUUAUAUUUUCCUGGGAUUACAUUUUUUACAGUCUCCUCUCCUAUAGCAACAAUGGUUCCUUAGUUUUCAGGUAGGUAAGACAGUUUUACGGUAUACCGGUAUAUAAUUCUGUGUGAAAAAGUGAAAUGUUAUGCAGGUGAACCCAUGAUAACAGUCACGUGCAUUCUUAGUGGCACACUGUGUUGUCUGUGUGUGAAGCAGCUUUGCCUUCGUUGUCUCGUUUUUUUGACGCCUUGUGCUGUCGUCCGUCUUUGUGUGGUAGCCAGGGCAGCUGCAGCAGCAGCCAAUCGCAACAGUGGGAGGAGUCCCACCUGUGCAGACCAAGGCGGAGGCCCCAAGCACCCCCCAACAGGCCAUGCCUCCCCUGGUGGCCAGUCCCAACCCCCAGCAGGCCCAGGCCCCGUCCAGCCAAGCCCCACCCAAAGCCCCAGCACGUCGUAAGCAGGCCAGCCAGAGCCAAGCCCAGCAGCAGCCAUCCGCUCAGCCUACUCCAGCCCAAUCUCCGGCUGCACAGCAGCCUACAGCUCGGCAGCAACCAGUUCCUCAACAACCAGUUGCCCAGCAACCAGUAGCCCAGCCAGAAGCGGCCCAGCAGCCACCUGUCAAGACCCAGUCCACCCCUGCCGAGACCAGUCACAACACAGCUGAGACUGAGACGGUAACAUACCUGCAGCCUGUGUCUGACAGCUGCUCCCUGAGCUGACAGACACACUCAAAGCUUGCUUGAAAGUGACAUCAGACCAUCCAUUGUUCCACCCAGCCAUCCAUCGUCAAGCCAAUGCCAUCAGCCUUCAUCAUUUUGCUGUCUUUUCAGUUUUGUUCGUUAGUGUUGUUCUCUCAGUAACUUGAAAAACCCUGCAACAUUGUGAACGUAUGAAUGACCCUCAUUUCUGUGUGAUAGACUUUUGUUUUGUUUGACCCUUUCUGUCCGUUUUUACUUUAAUUAUUUUAAUUAUUUUACUUUGUUUGCCUCAUUUUCUUUAGUGUUGUAUGUAUUUGUAUUUGGCAUUGAAAGUUAAUAGUUAGUGAGUGUUAUUGGGAUUUGUUAUACUUUCUCUCUCUCUCCGUCCCUCCAGACUUCUCUUCUUGGUCUGUCCAAGACUCCGCACCAUUCGCCAAAGGCUGCAGAGCGCGCCCCGAGCGACAUUACCCAGAAUGCAGUCGGUGGGCUUCCUGGAAGUGACUCCAGCCAACUACUGCAAGAGAACACAGCAGAGGAUGGCCUCAACCAGUUAAUGUAAGAAAUGCAGAAAUGACAUCAUCACCUGAAAUAUCAGCCUUAGUUAAAUAUGUCUAGUUUUCAAUGUGUAAUAAAAAGCAUGAGCUGGCGCACACCCAGAGAAAAUUAUUUUGUGUAGAGGUGCUGACUAAUGGCGAAUAAACUAUAAGCUAAAAAAAAAAGUCACACACUCAUAUAUAUAUAUAUAUAUAGUGUGUGACUCAUAGGUACACUUCAACUGUGAGAGACGGAAUCUAAAACAAAAAUCCAGAAAAUCAAAUUGUAUGAUUUUUAAGUAAUUAAUUAGCAUUUUAUUGCAUGAAAUAAGUAUUUGACACAUCAGAAAAGCAGAACUUAAUAUUUGGUACAGAAACCUUUGUUUGCAAUUACAGAGAUCAUACGUUUCCUGUAGGUCUUGACUAGGUUUGCACACACUGCAGCAGGGAUUUUGGCCCACUCCUCCAUACAGACCUUCUCCAGAUCCUUCAGGUUUCGGGGCUGUCGCUGGGCAAUACAGACUUUCAGCUCCCUCCAAAGAUGUUCUAUUGGGUUCAGGUCUGGAGACUGGCUAGGCCACUCCAGGACCUUGAGAUGCUUCUUACGGAGCCACUCCUUAGUUGCCCUGGCUGUGUGUUUCGGGUCGGAGCCACGACCCAUCUUCAAUGCUCUUACUGAGGGAAGGAGGUUGUUGGCCAAGAUCUCACGAUACAUGGCCCCAUCCAUCCUCCCCUCAAUACGGUGCAGUCGUCCUGUCCCCUUUGCAGAAAAGCAUCCCCAAAGAAUGAUGUUUCCAUCUCCAUGCUUCACGGUUGGGAUGGUGUUCUUGGGGUUGUACUCAUCCUUCUUCUUCCUCCAAACAUGGCGAGUGGAGUUUAGACCAAAAAGCUAUAUUUUUGUCUCAUCAGACCACAUGACCUUCUCCCAUUCCUCCUCUGGAUCAUCCAGAUGGUCAUUGGCAAACUUCAGACGGGCCUGGACAUGCGCUGGCUUGAGCAGGGGGACCUUGCGUGCGCUGCAGGAUUUUAAUCCAUGACGGCGUAGUGUGUUACUAAUGGUUUUCUUUGAGACUGUGGACCCAGCUCUCUUCAGGUCAUUGACCAGGUCCUGCCGUGUAGUUCUGGGCUGAUCCCUCACCUUCCUCAUGAUCAUUGAUGCCCCACGAGGUGAGAUCUUGCAUGGAGCCCCAGACCGAGGGUGAUUGACCGUCAUCUUGAACUUCUUCCAUUUUCUAAUAAAUGCGCCAACAGUUGUUGCCUUCUCACCAAGCUGCUUGCCUAUUGUCCUGCAGCCCAUCCCAGCCUUGUACAGGUCUACAAUUUUAUCCCUAAAGUCCUUACACAGCUCUCUGGUCUUGGCCAUUGUGGAGAGGUUGGAGUCUGUUUGAUUGAGUGUGUGGACAGGUGUCUUUUAUAAAGGUAACGAGUUCAAACAGGUGCAGUUAAUACAGGUAAUGAGUGGAGAACAGGAGGGCUUCUUAAAGAAAAACUAACAGGUCUGUGAGAGCCGGAAUUCUUACUGGUUGGUAGGUGAUCAAAUACUUAUGUCAUGCAAUAAAAUGCAAAUUAAUUACUUAAAAAUCAUACAAUGUGAUUUUCUGGAUUUUUGUUUUAGAUUCCGUCUCUCACAGUUGAAGUGUACCUAUGAUUAAAAAUGACAGACCUCUACAUGCUUUGUAAGUAGGAAAACCUGCAAAAUCGGCAGUGUAUCAAAUACUUGUUCUCCCCACUGUGUGUAUAUAUAUAUAUAUAUAUGAGUGUGCGACUCUUUAUUUAUUUUUUAGAUAUAUAACUCCCAGUAAUUUAUUAGGUAAACCACCAAAGUUUCGGCAUCACUGUGCCUUCUUCAGUGUGGAACAACAAGUUGACCUGUUCCGGCAUUUGUGUGUUUUUCCAGAUCUGUCGGUACAACUCCACCCAAUUCCACCCGGUCCCUUCAGCAGAGUUUGUGUGAACCAGCCCAAGACGGCAACUUUGCUGCCUUUGCCCCUUCACCUGCCUCUGUCCCUGGCCCUGCCACCGGCUCCCCCACGCAGCCCACUUGGAACCCUUUUGGUGAUGAUGACUUCUCCAAUCUCAAUGCAGAGCAACUGAUUAACAAAGACCUGGUUGAUGAACAGGCAGAUGGUAAGGCUGCACGCACAACAUAAUACCAUGUGUUCUCAAUUCUAAGAGAUAGGAGCUAAAAAUACACCCUUAGACCUAAUUUCUAACAUAUCCUCUGCUGUAAUAGUAUUUCCAAUCAGAUAAAGCUGUAUCAUUCACUUUGACCUUUAUCGCUAUUAGACGUGGCUGCAGAAGCAGAGGUGGAGACUGCCCCCACAGAGAAUCUGAUACCUGGCCUGCUAGAGGUCUCCUCCCCUGUGGAAACAGCCCCCCAACUUGCUGGUGAGACCCUUCUCAACUCCAUCACUCAUAGUGGUUCAGUCCCAUCUGGCUCAGUCGGUAGAGCAUGGUGCUUGCAACACCAAGGGUCAUGGGUUCAAUUCCCACUGGGGCCACCCAUACGUAAAAUGUAUGCAUGCAUGACUAAGUCACUUUGGAUUGAAGUGUCUGCAAAAUUGCAUAUAUUAAUAUUAUAUUAUUAAUAUUAUAUGAAUCUCCCUACUAUAUAUCUUUCAGAUAUUCCCAUAGCUCCCUUUCCUUUGUUCUUUCUAUAGCAAUCACAUCCUCCAUUCUCCAUUACAAUCAUCUCCAGUGACACACCCAUAGAAAUCCUAUAAUACACUAUUCUAUAUGUCAUUCUAUGGAUAUAAGGGAAGGAAACUCUGCCGCUACUCCGCUCUCCAACCAAGGUGCGUGAACUGAGGAGCAACUGAAAUUAAGAGAAAAGUCAGCAACUCUUGCAGGACAGUAGAAGUUAAUAAAAGUGCUUAUUUAUUCCUGCUGAGUGAAUGGUCCUCUGUGACCUCAUCUGUGGCAAUCUGAACACUAAGCUCAGCAUAAAUUCCUUUCUGAAAGCUUUCAUUAACUCUGCAUGCUCAAAAUCCCUAGCUAGCCAUUUAAUGGGAUGUCUUCACUGAAUAACUUACCAAGAAAACACUGUGUCUUUGCCUUGAACUAUCCAUGCCCAAUCAUCUCUACAGAUGCAGAUGGACAACAUGCCAUGCUUUGUGCAUCUCUGCAGUGUUCGUUAGUCUGUCUGUUUUGUUGUCUUUUCUCUGCUGUACUAGUAGAACAAUCUGAAGACAUCCUUGGACUGGAUACAGGAGAGUCUUUCUUGACUGUUCAGGUCCCUUUCAGCGCCCUAGCACUCUCAGACACUCCAGGUAAGGUUGUGUCCCUUUCUAUUUGUAAAAGCACACUCCAAAUCACUUACCCACAUAGAGUAUCAACAUGACAUACUGAGAUGCUGGCUAUUGUCAACAGGAAGACCAGAAUUAGGGUGCAUUCGUAAAUCCACGCUGGCAAUCUACUCCCGAGUUCAGAGCACUCUGGUUUGAGAGUGCCAGAGUGCAGAAUAACUGAUGAAUUUACAAAGACAUGUCGUGCUUGUUGUUUUGACAGGUGCCAGUAAACAUCAGGCUAAAGAACAAACGCACCCUUGGAUCCACACACAAUUAAUCAUGGCAACGUUUGGCUGUUUUACUAAGUGGUUGUCAAAAAACAUUCCAAGCCUAAUUUUCUUUUAACUAAGCCACAAAUAGAGCCCAAAAUAAUGCAGUAUUUCAAGUUGUGAAAUGUGGGAUAUUGCUCUAAGAAAGCUAAAGUACUGGUAGUCAUGUUGCUAGCAGUGAUGUACAGUGCUCUCUUUCCCCAGUUAAAGGGGCUAGAGUGGACUUGUGCUGUGCAUUGGUCCAUGACUCAACUGUAAGUACAGAGUGGAGAGGCAGGAAGAGAGCAGUUGUGUGCAUGUGUUGUAUUGGGAGAUGACCUGGUGUGCAGAGUGGUCUUUAGAGGGAACCCCAGAUAGUGGAUGUAGCUACUAGCUAGCGCUCUCUGUGUGACUGUUAUUCAUCUGGUGUGAAAAUAACAUUUAGGGUUUGGUGGCUGUGUGAACAAACAUCUCGAUGUAGGCAAGUUAUUCCUUGUCAUGUUUUGGGAGUACAAAUUCUAAACUCUUGUUAACUGGCCUGUUGGAAUGUGAUGUAAAGAAAGAGUAACUUUUCUUCAAAGUGACUGGUUCCUCGGCCAACAGUUUCUCUGCUUGAGAUUAACCUUUCAUUCUUCUGUAGGGUGAUAUUCUUUCCUCUAUUUAGCUAUAUUCUAAUGUGUCUGUCUCAGCUUCUUUGACCUAAUAUGUCAUUCUUUAGCCAUUCUGUUAUCAUCUUUGUCUUAUCCAUCUGUAAUUCAUUAAUUUAUCCCCAACCGCUUUUCUUUAUCUUCUCAAUUUUUACAUUCCCUCCAUCUCUGUUUUGUUUAAGCUACUGGUACGUACAUUGUUAUUUAUAUGUUUUUAGUUGCAUUUCUUUAUCAAUAUCAUUGAUUACAAAACCCUUGAAAGCUAAUAUAAAAGUCAAUAGCUUCAUUAAACAAUUGAAAACCGUUCCAGUUCCCAAGGCUCCUAUUGAUGGAAAUAAUAUCAAUGUUGAUCAUGUAAAUACCAUGGCAGGUUGUCUCCAUGGGGGCUCUCAAUCACUUCUGACUGGAAUAGCUGCACUUGAUAAACAAUCAUUACGUCUCAGCCAUAUCAGGUUAUUUGGAGCUAGGAUACACUAUUGGCCAGUAAAUAUCAAUUAAUCAACAAUGUUUCAUGUUGGCUCCCCAUGAACUGCAGUGCUACCUCUUACACCAUACUAGGAAACGGCCCUUAACGACAUGGGUGGGUUGAGUGGUUAUAGUUGUAGUACAUUAGCCUAUCUGAAUAGGCCUAUAUGUAAGUGAUAAAUAAGGACGCUCUAUACAUUCUCUGAAAGUAAUAGAUGACGCAGGCUUGGAAGAUGUGCAGCGGAGUCCAUCCACGAAGUGCAUAUUAGUUCCAGAAAAUUUACAUUAGCCUAUCUAUAUAGGCCUAUAUUUAUGAACAUGUAGAUUAUAUUGUAGUCUCUAUCCUUUCAUCACAUUAUGUGCUGGAGGCUCAGCUGUAACAUCAUUUUCCCUCAUUGAACACCCAUCCUCUCACAUUCCCUAUAGCCUAGUUCCCUUUGCCCUCAUUCCUAUUCAUUAUUUGUCUUUCACCUUCUCCUCAUCUCUCUCUUCCUUUUUUCACCCCUUUUCUCCAUCCUCACUCACUCCUUAAUUGCUGUUCUGGCAUGACCAUGUGAAAUGCAGUAUUUGCUAGCUAGAGUAUUGCUGCCACUCACUUUUUCUUACUGUUCUUUCCUUUUUCUCGUCCUCACUCUUCUUUUCUCUCUGGGGCUGUAGAGAAGCAUAUUGAGGGACUGAAGUCCCCAGAUACACACCUCCUGCUCCCUGAUCUCCUGUCCAUGGCUGAUCCCUUUGGCAGAACUGUGGCGGAGGCUGUUAACGGUAAAGUUCUUUCAGUCACUCCUGGAGAUUUCACUACUGUACACACUUUGUUACAUUUGUUUUUCCCAAUGUGAAUGUUUUCCAUGGAAUGCUCCAUGGCAAUAUCCUCUGUCUGCCCUCAGUUCACCCUUUCUUCCUCUGUCCCUCUCUCUGCUUCCAUCUCUCCUUCUCUUCCUCUCUCUUCCUCCCCAUCUCCCUCUCUGCUUCCAUCUCUCCUUCUCUUCCUCCCAUUCCUCCCUCUCUCUGCUUCCCUCUCUCUGCUUCCAUCUCUCUCUCUUCCUCCCAUCUCCCCUCUCUCUGCUUCCAUCUCUCCUUCUCUUCCUCUCUCUUCCUCCCCAUCUCCCUCUCUGCUUCCAUCUCUCCUUCUCUUCCUCUCUCUUCCUCCCCAUCUCUCUCUCUCUGCUUCCAUCUCUCCUUCUCUUCCUCCCCAUCUCCCUCUCUCUGCUUCCAUAUCUCAUUCUCCUUGUCUCUUCCUCCCUCUCUCUACAUGUACAGUAGUGGGUCCAGCAGAGAACUAUCUUGUGAGUCUGGACUCUCUGAUCCCUGGUCUGGAGGCUCCUGUGUCCCAGUCUGAGACAGACUCUACGCUGCUUCCUGGUUAGUCUCUGUCUCACAGGCAAUGCGACACACAAUCUAGAUGCCCCCACAAUUUAAUGCAACAGUGGAAGAAGAUUAUUUAUAUCUGAGGAAACCAAAAUGUUUUGGUUUCUGUUAUUACUGAUAAUACCACCUGCCUCGACACUGGUCUUUGGUCAUUGCGUAACGUUUUCAGAGGACGGAAUGGAGCCAGCCCAUUGAGUACAAUGAGCACAGUUGAUUGAUAAUUUGAGUGUCUGUCUACCCAGCUAACAAUUCUAGGGAGAUAGAAUGUUUUUGUAAUGUUACCUGUAAUGUUCCCCUAAUGUUUGAGUGUCCAGUUUUCCGUUAGUUAGGGGAACAAUCUAAUUUAUCUAACCUUUUUAGCAUGUUUUGGUGUUAAAGUUAGGAGAACAUUCCCUUAAUGUCUAGAAUGUGGUUACAAUGUUCUCAGAAUAUACUACAUUAAUGUUCUAGAUGCAUUUUAUGGGACGUUGCAAGAACAUUCGUGUCCAGUUUUCUGAGGGUUAGGAGAAUAUUCCAUCAACGUCACAUUCCAAAUAUACACAGAACGUGGUUGCCAUGUUCUCAGAAUAUACAAUAUGCAUGUUCUAGACGCGUUUCAUGGGACGUUGCAAGAACAUUCAUGUGUAUCAGUUGCCAGGACGUCGCUUGAUGGUCACAUAAAUGGUUUCAUUACACAUCACGCCAUGUUACUGUUGCCAAGCCCAUUGAGGCCCUGAUUGGUAAACCACUGAUUCAUUCACAGCUCUUUUUUCUGUUGGCAAGAUUAGGGAUACGCACAAACACAGUGCUUUUAACAUAGUGUUUUCAACUUACAUAUUUGACACAGUUUGACAUUCAUGAUUACAUUGUGCGUGUUUAUUUAUACAGUAAUUAUUAUUCAACAUGUCCUCAUCUGGGAAUUGAACUCACAACCUCUUGGUUCAAGGCAUUCAGAUCUUCCUUCUACCCCACCAUAUCUGUCUCAGUUAUCAGUUCAUUUGAUUUAGCCUACUUAUUUUAACAAUUGAAGGGCUUUCUGUAUAGUUGUCUAAUGUUUGGUGGGACAUAUUAACCUGUUUUAAUGAUAGUCCUAAUUCACUAUGAUCAAUAAACAUUUUUCUUGAGUGUACUUCUAACAGAGCUGAGAUUUACUUCAAAGUGCAUUCACCCUAUUGCUUACAAUAUUUUAUUGAUCAUAGUAAUUCAGGAGGAUCAUUAAAACAGGUUAAUAUGCCCCACCAACAUUAGACAACUAUACAGAAAGACCUUCAAUUGCUGAAAUAGGUCAAUCAAAUCAAUUAUGGAAUAGUCCGAUUUAAAGAUGCACUAUGCAGAAAUCGCUCUGCUAUUUCCUGGUUGCAAAAAUUCUAAUAGUUCGCCUAAUUUCAGUUUGUGGCAAAACAAGCAAGUAUAGUGUAGAGAGUCAUUGUACCAUCUAAACCGCUGUGAAAUAUAUUUUCAGCGCACAUUGAACAGAUCUACCGCUUCUUAGACUUGCUUUCAAUGAGAAUGACAGAUCUAUAAAACACAUUUCUAUGUGAAUUUGGUCGGAUCACCCAGAAAGUUACAUAUUGCAGCUUUAAAUCAUACCUGACACGGACAUGGCGUAGCAGGAAGAUUGGAGUACCGCGAACCAAGAGGUUGUCAGUUCAAAUCCCAGGUGAGGACAUGUUGAAUAAUAAUAAUGAAUGUGUAAAUGAACAAGCACAAUGUAAUCAUGUAUGUCAAAUAUGUAAGUUGAAAAAACUAUAUGUUAAAACCACUGUGUGUGAGUAUCCUUAACCUUGCCAUCUGACAAAGAGCUAUGAAUGGAUCAGUGGUUCACCAAUCAGGGCCUUGGUUGGCUCGGCAACAGUAACAAGAUGUGAUGUGUAAUUAAUUUUUCUUUGGACACAAAUGUUCUUGCAACGUUCUCAUUUAAUGUGUCUAAAACAUUAAUAUCUUAUAUUCUGAGAACAUGGCAACCAUGUUCUGUGUAUGUUUUGUCGGACGUUGAUGGAAUAUUCUCCUAAUCCACAGAACUGGACACAUUAAUGUUUUUGCAACGUUACCAUGAAAUGUGUCUACAACAUUAAUAUCUUAACCACGUAACCACGUUCUGGGUAAGUUCUAUUUGACAUUAAGGGAAUGGUAUCUUGGAAACAUUCCUUGCUCAUCACAGGAACAUUCCUAUGGAAAUGUUAGUUAAUUACCUAAUGAGACUCAAGGGAACGUUCUCUAAAGUUGUGGGAAAGUUUGUUGUUAGCUGGGUAAUAAGUAGCCUGGUGGUUCCAGUUACUAUUGUUGUCAUUCAUAACUAAUGUUGACUCAAAACGGGUAUGAAAUGAAAUGGCAAACUGAAAUAGAGAGAUAAAAAAGCAUAAGCCCACUUCAAGAACUCUGAGAAAAGGAUGUCUGUCUUCUCUUGGCUGGACAGACUAUUGUAGUGUAUACUAUACGAGUGCUUAUGAAAGAUGCAGGGUCCUUGUACAACUGGUAUUCACAGAAUGAGGCUGUUUUUCAAAAGUAGACAUUCAUUAUGUUGUGUAUUGCAUGCAGGGCUCUGUAAUUGCAUCACCUGGGGCUUUUUUGAAUGAUUUGAUAAUGCAAGCAAAUAUACAUCACAUCUCACUGUAAAAAAGGAUUCAGGGGCUUAGUAAAUAUUACCCCCAAAAAUCUAUGAUUUUCACAUAAAAAUGCAGGUUUCUGGUUUUACUUCAAUAUUUUAAUACCUUAAUUUUGGUGUUCAAUUUAAUAUACUGUAAUGUCUGAAUUGAUGAUUUGUGAGUGAAAACAGCAAGGGAAAUUGUGUUUAAUUUACUCAAUUUUCAUAAUAUAUUCUAUCAACUUAACUUGCAACAACUUGCCAUAUGGCUCAGUUUUUUGUUGUUGACAAUUGUGGGUAAUUCUUUUUUUGGGGGACUUUAUGAUACUUUUACACAAUGUUAUAUGCAUGUUUCUUUAUUAGUAUUAAGCAGUUUGUUGUGUUAUGAGGGGUAAUGGAUCAUGAUUAACAAAUUGACAUUCAAAGAUGAUACCACCCAUUCCAACCAUCAACAAGGUUAUGCGCACAACCACCUUUAACGACAAAGGCAAAUGCAGAGCAGCAUCCCACAAUGCUUGCAGAUUGAGCACUGUGCUCAACAAUGCCUGCGAAAGUGGUUUAAAAUGGCUAAUAAUCAAUGUUAAAGAAAAAGACAUGAUCACUGAAAGUAACUAAUCAAAACGUUGAAGUAGAUCUACCGAAUAAUAACAGUUUUGGAAUUGAUCAAAUUGAAACUAAGCCAUUUAGUUUAUGCUGGACUUAAUAUAUUAGUGUUUGCGAAACACCAAAAGUUAAGUAUAUUAUACAUAAAAAUACCUCAGUACUGAAAAAGCUGAUGCAGAUAGUUACCUCAUUUUUUUAUGGUUUCAAAGGAAACAUAUCCCCAUACCCCCACUUACGGUUGGAUACUUCGAUGUGUAGUGCCUCUAUUACCAUACAUUAUAUACUAUAGCAUUACAUUAAAAAGAGCUACUAGGAACACGUGGAUUAUUUGUCAUUCUUUGUCCUUAGUGCUUACAAUCUUUUUAUUAUACAUGAUACAGGAACACAUUUUGGCCAUAUCCUGGCGAAAUCCUGAACUAAUGAUUCCAGGUACAUUGUCUAACCCCCCCCCCCCCCCCCCCCACUCCUCUGCCCUCCCUCCCACAGACCCCCUGCUUGGGGAGGACUCUCUGCUGGGCUGCUCUCUCAUCUUUCCCCCCUCUGGAGCCUCCUCUCUCUCUUCUGUUCCGGCUUCUGCUGGUGUUGGGUCUGUUCUGGAAGAGUUUGACCUGGCAUCUGGGGGUUCCACCCAGUUUCUGGCAGGUAAGGCUCUGUUUCCAAAAUCACACACCCACAACAAGCCCAAACUGUGCCACGUAGGCCUACAAUUGGAGAGGCAGGAGUGCUGCCACUUACACUUGAUGUGUACCGUAGGAACAAAUGCUUUGGUUCUCCCUGUUAAGCUAGCUGUUCUCCCUGUUAAGAAGCUAGCUGUUCUCCCUGUUAAGAGAGACAACUACACUAGCAGGCUACUGACUUGCAGUCUAACUCUAACCCUCUGUAGCUGUGCGGCACACUGCUCUCUAACUCCCCUUAUCUGCUUCCUCCUUUAUCUCUCUUGCUUUCUGCCAGUUCUUAUUCUUCCUUUAUACUCUUGGUUGUGCUGCUUGCUUUACUCAAUGCUUCUCCCAAACACCUUAACCUCCUCUUCCUCCUUUCUCUCGGCUCCAUCUUCUGCAGACUCCUCUGAUCUCCUGAUCCCAGGCUUUGAGCCUCCGCCCAGUGCAGAGACAGGCAACGAGGAUGAGUUUGACCCCAUCCCUGUCAUGACCUCCAAAAACUCCUCCCAAGGUAAGCCCAGUGGGCUUCCAGCCUUCACACCGAGGCAGGGACAGGCAGCGAGUCUGUGGGUCAGUCCCACUGAGAUUGCCAUUCAUACCUCAACCAGGGUCAGAGGAACUCUGGGAUUGAUUCCGGUCAAUGUCCUCAGUAGUGUAUUAAACCCUGCUCCCCCUUCCCCUUAUAGAUUAAUCUGAGUAGCCAUCCUCGCUCUGUGUAGUUAUUCCUUAAUGCUCUUAGAUUGUAUCUGGAGAGCAAUUCUUCUUACUUCCUGUCUUUCUCUGUCUUCUGUAACCUUAUCUUCUCUCCAUCUUUCCCCUGGCUUCUUUAUCUGUUCUUUCUUUCUUACUUACCUCCCUUGCUUUUUCCCCCUGUCCCCCCUCCUUCCCCCUGCUUCGCCCUGGCCCGCCCCCCUACCCCCCUUCUCUCUGUCCGGCCAGUUUCAGGAGGCCACUCUCGCAGUAACAAUGGCAGCUCUGAGUCCAGCCUUCCCAGCCUGGCCCGCUCCCUGCUCAUGGUGGACCAGCUCAUCGACCUGUAG